UGGCGCUGGCGCUUGCGCCAGGGAGAUUAGGCAAACGGUCUCUCAACAGCGAUACCACACUACAGCGCUCGCAGCACCGCUGCGGCACACACACACUGCACUGCUCAGUGCACACUUUCCACCCUUCUUCCCCCGUCUUUGGUCCCCCGUGUGGCCUCCUCCUUGUCGGUGUCCUGUCCGUGUGAUCAGCAUCCCCUCAGGCAUCAGCAUCCCCCGGCGCCCUUUUCCUCCUCGCCACUGUUCAGCUCUGUCUAGCGUCUAGCGUCUAGCCUCUUGUUGUUCUACUCACGACACUCCCUGUCUGCACCCGGAUAACGUUGAGUCUGCUCCACACCGCGCACCAUGUUCUCCCCUCCUUCCUCAACCGACUACGACGAUAGCCUGGGCAACAGACCCGGCGGCCGUGGCCACGGCCACGGCAGCGGCAACAACAGCUCCAGCAACCACUUCGGCAGCUUCUCCUUCUCUGACCCCUCCUCCGCGGCGGCGUCUGCCUCCGCAUCGCCGGUGUCGUCCGUCGCCAGGAGAAAGGCCUCCAAGCCCGCAGCGUCCAAGAACAUCGACGUCCCUGCCGCCACCAUCGCCAGCAACCCUACCCACUCGUCCAACCUCGGCAUCCACUCCCCGCUUUCCCUCGAGAGCGCCAAGUCAAACGACUCGCAGGACCCGGGCGCCGACGCUGCCUCCAGCCACGCCGCGGAAAGCGUCUACUACGUCAAGCACAAGGGCGGCCCCGGCUCGAAGUCCGCCACCAGCAACGACAGAAAGUCCUCCCUCGACAACGACCAGUUCUCCCUGGCCUCCUCCAUCUCCCGCUCCAGCAUGAACAGCCGGGCAGACGACUCGCUCAUCUUCGAGAGACUCGUCCAGGACCCGCUGACCGACGCCCAGCCAAUCCCCCACUCACUCCCAAGGCACGUCUCCUCCGAGGCGUUCAUCCCGGCCUCCUUGGACACAACCACCCACAUGAUCCUCAACAACGACGACCCCAUGGAGGAAAUGAGCAACGACGACCCAGCAAACCCCUCCGGCGUCCAGUUGGGUUUCAGCUCAAGAAGAUCCUCCCUGGCCAACCUCGAAGCGGCCCUAGGCCACUCCUCGGCAGCCUCCUCCAGAAGACCUUCCAUCGCCAACUUGCAGUCCUCCUUUGGAAUGAACUCCUCCUACAGGUUGAACUCAAGCUCGACAAACACGCUCUCCAGAUCGCAGACAAACUCGAGUUUUUCAAACCUUACCCAACAAUUCCAAAACUCAAACUCAAGCCGGAGAAUCCCUCAAUCGCAACCCCUCUCCCAAUCUCUCUCCCAGAACUCCCAAAAUUCCGCUCCAAAUAUUCCUCCCGCAGGCGCAUCGAACCUACCUCCUCUGACAACAAGCCUAACCUCUUCUUCCGUUAACUCUCUAACGAACCAGAGAAACCCAUCUUCCAGCCCAGUGCUAAAAAACAAAUCGUUCUGCUCUUACGCGGAUAUCAUAGCACAAGAUGACCACGAAUCCAAGUUCCAAAUUAGAAGACCUUCGAUAUCUCUGUCUUUGAAUAACCAGAAAUUGGCUAGAACAAACUCAAUGAGUUCUGCAAGCCAGAUUUGUGGCUGCAAUUCUCCUCGGUCGCCUUCAAACUGUGCACCUUCAUCCUUUGCAAACAACCUUAGAUCAAACUCAACUGUGUCUAAUAUCCUUUUGCCUCCAAAUAACGCUAACAAUAAUACCAGUGCUAACAUCAGCACUUCCAACAACAAUAAAAUCAUCAGAGGCGGCUCCCCUUCAGUCAAAUCCGAUUCUAAUUACAUUCCCUUACCUUCCUUCGCCCUAGAAUCCGACAAUCGAGAUUAUCCUAUUAAUAACGUCAAUAAUAAUAAUACCCCGCGCAGAUCAGGAUUUUCAGGAAGACCUAUAGUCAACACUGGAGGACACACAAUGAGACUCUCUAACAGUAACAGUAGCUACAACAGUAAUAACUACCCUGGCUCCAAUUUUAACAGCCCUUCACAUAAUUUGAAAAAGAAUGAAUUGCCUUCUAGUAAUUCGAGAUCAAUCCAAAAUGAGCUGAUCUCUGACGAUGAAAGUAUCAAGAGUUUCAAAACCGCUAAUCUGCCAACUGAAUAAUGGAUGGCCUAUUCUUUCUCCUAACUCGUACUUAUCGAUACUUUCAAAUUUUUCGUUUCCCACAAAUACAACUAUCUACAUUCUUCCUAUGACAAAUCCUUUCGAAAUUUUUUCUAAUACAUGACUUCCUGGGCUUUUUUCUUCUUUCUACUAUCUUGGAAAACUCAACAUACUUACCUCUAUAGCUUGUUUUUUUCCCCCUUCAUUUACUCACAUUCAGUUCUAUCAACUCUUUGUUUACCUUUCUUUGCCUUUAUCUCUAUCUCUCUUUUUGUUUCAACGUUGG